CACCAACACUUGUUAGUAUACGCCAUACGCGUCAAGAUUUAUUUACUUUCGCUCAUACCAAACACGUGAGUUCUGAUAAAUAUGCAAUUGAAAAUGACAAAACCCUUUGACAAAAAUCUUGUGAAAAAGUUAUUGCUCGAAGAAUGUGCCUUUAUUUCCACGAUAUUCUCAAAAAUGCCGUUGCCCAUGUCCGAACUAGUUUCAGGUGAACAAGACAAAGUAGUCAGCAAAUAUGCCAAAGUAAAAAUGUUGCAAGGGAAUAUUUGUCGAAAAGGGAAAAGAGCACAAACUUUUGAAGAAUUGCAUGCCAAACUAGAAGGAUUAAAGAAUGUGAAGAAAUUGGAAUAUAAGGACAAACAAUUGAAAAAAACCUUAAAGACUAAGAUUAAAAAAAUUACAAAGAAAAAAGAAAGAUCGAUGCAGAGGAAACUAAUGAAAGUGGAACAAAAUUCAACUGUUGUACCUAAAAUUAAGAAAGAGGAUAGUGAUAUACCAAAAAUCCCAAGGCCAAAGCCUGUAUUCAAUUCAGAAGGUAAAAUGGUGUUCAGCAAAUUUGACUUCUCAGAAAUUGGUACGAAAAGGAAACCACCUAAAAAGGAUGUGAAGAAGAUAUUAGUCGAACUAAAACAAAAGAAGGAGAAGUUGAAAGAGUUGGAACAAUUAGGUGAGAAAGAAAAAGCACAACAGAUCAAGGAGAAGAAUGCAUGGAAAUCUGUUUUGGCAAAGGCUGGCGGUGAGAAAGUAAGAGAUGAUCCAGAUUUGCUUAAAAAGACGUUAAAAAGGAAAGAGCAGAUGAAGAAACAGAGUGCCAAGAAAUGGGAAUCCAGAUUGGAAAAUGUGCAAAAAGGUGUCCGAGAAAGACAAGAGAAGCGACAAGAGAAUAUCAUGAAAAGGAAAAAAGAUAAGAAAUUGAAUAAAUUAAAAAGAGCGGCUAAGAAAGGGCGCGUGAUACCUGGAUUUUGAAUGUAAUAGAAGAAUUUGUAGAUAAAAAAACAUUUUAUUGUUUUAAGUUUUAUUGUACAUAAUCUAAUUACUUGUUUACAUAAAAAUGAUCCCGCUGUAUGCACGAACGAAAGGAAUGUUAGUGCAAACGAAUUUGAGAAGCAGAAAUCAAUUGUCCAAAUCUAUCCUUAAAUAAUUGUUUGGUAGCAUUUGUACACGAUUAGUUUGUUUUUAUAAGAAUCGAUAUUUGUGUUACAUUUAGCGUCUAUUAUUUACACGUCACGUACGUAUGACAAUUUUUUAUAUUAAAGGGACGAGAGUUGAUGUUUUAAUACGAAUACGUUGGAGUAUGAAUUUUACGUACGUAAUGUAUUUAUUCAGUAUCUACAAAAUUCAUGCUCUAACCGGGCAACAAAAUACAAUAGUGUUUCAUGAUUUAUUUACACUGUUAUUUCCAUUUGUACAAUGUGUUAACAAAUUCUUAUGUACAUUAAUAUAAUGUAGAUUCCAUUAUUUAAUCAAAUAUCGAUCUCUUUUGUAAAAAGCUGGAUGCCCAGGAGAACGUUGCACAGCUCGCAGGUAUAAAAUUUACUCACAUUAGUUUUAGAUACCCAAAGCGUAGAGCUUCAAAUCCUUUCGUUUAACAGUGUUAGGCUUGGACCAAUUUUUCAUCGCGAAAGUUCUACGGUACAACGUGACUAUUCGAGAUUUUGAACUGAUUUUUACACGAUAAUAUACGUAUUUGUAUCUUCUGUAAAUUUGUUAAUAAAUUAUUGGCAAGUCGA